AUGGAAGAAGAUGAUGAUGAUCUCUACGAUCCGAUAGAUACAGCUCCUUCCGGUUCAUGUCAAAACGUUGCGGUUCAAAACACAGGGCAACAAGGAGGAGACGUAGGUAUGGCAGAAGGGCAAGAGCAUGAACAGGAGGAAGAGGAGGAGGAGGAGGAGGAGGAGGACGAUGAAGACGAUUUUAACAUCAUCACUGAAGCUCCUCCCGAAGUAGCUGCAGAGCUUGCCACACAAGCAUCUCGCCAUCCCCAGUACCGAAGUGAACCCCCAAAACCAACGACUGACUCCGCAAGCGCAACACCCAAAGCGGCAGCACCACACCCUACUCCAAAGUCUGGGACACCAACUGUAACGACCGCCGCUGCCGCUGCUGCAAAACCUGCAGCACCUCAAAAGCCAGGGUCCUCAUACCCAGCUCACCACACAUCGACAAUCGAUGUAUCGGCGAACCCGGUUCACCCUUCAACCAACAGAGCGAUUCUUUCUACAGAUUUAGAUUCAGAUUUUCCCACGGAGGAUGAUAAACCUUGGCGGAGGCCUGGCUCAGAUAUCAACGAUUAUUUCAACUAUGGUUUUGACGAGUUCACAUGGGCAAGCUAUUGCCUUAAACAGCAGAGCCUGAGAAAAGACAUCAGCGACCAAAAGACGCAGAUGGAGGAUAUGCAGGCAUUCCUCAGUCUUCCUGGAGGUCUUCCAGGUAUCCCAGUACCUGGUGGGCCGGCGCCACCUCUCCCUGGACUAAUACCUGGGGCAGUGGCUGGCGGAGGGGGGAGCGGGGGAGGCGCAGGAGCAGGCGGUGGCCGGGGUACUCCCGGCCCCUCUCAGGGAGGAGCUGGACCAGGGCCGCAAAAUAACAUGCCGGGAAUGCCUCCUGGAAUGCCUGAUCUCUCACCAGACAUGAUGCAGGCUGUGUUUGCAGGCAUGAUGGCCCAGGGCAUGGACCCUUCGUCAAUGGACCCAAUGACUUUCAUGCAACAUGCCCAGGCCAUGAUGGGAGGCGGCCAGCCUGGUGCUGGUAACCCCCAGGUACCUCAAACCGGAUAUGGAGGUCAGGCUGGCGGGCAAGGAUUUUCUGGACAAGCGGGCGGCCAGGAGCAGAUGGGAUACGGGGGUUAUGACCAGCAUGGAGCUUAUAACAAUGCUGGUGCAAGGGGGAAAGGCAUGCGGAGAUGGUAA